AUGUAUAGAUUAGUGUUACAGAAAUCUGUCACAGUGAAAGGUGUUAGGGAGUGUCGUCACAUUUCCCGUGUAUCGUCAGACCGGGUCUGGAUCAGUGAUGCUUAUAACAAUCUCAUCUUGACAAACACAGCAGGUGAUAAACUACAUCAUCUGACAGGUAUAUCUACUCUUUAUGGAGUACACACUGUGAACAGAAAUGGUGAUUUAAUUUAUAUAGACAGGGAGUAUAACAUCAACAAACUGUCUAUAGAUCACAAAGUAAAGACUACAUUUAUAAAGUAUAACACAGCACUAUGGUAUCCACUGUCUGUCUACAGCUCCCAUUCCACUGGAGACCUGCUGGUCGGGAUGUAUAGACGUGAUACAGAUACAGCCAAGUUAGUGCGGUAUAACUCCACAGGAGAACACAUCCAGACCAUACAGUAUGACAACGAAGGUCAGGGACUGUAUAGUGUACCUAUCUACAUCACAGAGAACCGUACUGGAGAUGUUAUUGUGUCUGACUGGCCCUGUGUAGUGGUGACAGAUUGUGGAGGAAGUCAUCGCUUCUCCUACACAGGACCUCCACCAGGAUCAGGACUAACACCACGUGGAAUCUGUACUGACGCGCUGUCACACAUCCUGGUGUGUGAUGCUAACACCUACACAGUACAGAUGAUUGACAAGGACGGACAAUUCCUAUCACAUAUACAGACAUCACACAGGAAAGACAGACCACGGGGCCUAAGUUAUGAUGAUAGAACUCAGCUUCUCUGGAUCGCAACAGCGAACAACAAAGUGAACCUAUACAGACUUGUAUACAGCGACCCCCAGAGCGAUCCAAGCAGUGAUGAUUUUGAUAAAGUUGAUGAGUUGAAGAAAUUCCUGAGGAAGGAGAAGACAACUGUUUCCCAUGCCAGAGGAAUACUUGUUGGAUGUGCCGAGGCUGGAAAAACAACACUACUGAAGCGAUUGAAAGUGCAAAGUCAAAAUGUUGGUGAAGUAACAGAGUCAACCUGGGAACUAACAAAACUGCUGAAGCGAUUAAGAUGGAAACGUCAAAAUGUCAGUGAAGUUACAGAGUCCACCAGGGGACUUGAAGUUCAUCAACAUCUCUUCAUUGUUAAAGAUGGAAAUUUAGAAGUAGCUGCUGAUGACUCGCCCUUGAAGACAUUUAUCAGGAUAAACGCUGCAGAUUUGAAACCAAACGUGAGCAGUGCAGAUGACUUUUCCAACUCAAAUGAAAAUAUAGAAAAUAUAGAAGACAGUUUGGAAGUGAUAAGUUCUGAUACAAAUACUGAAGUAAUUUAUAGCAGAGAAGAAAAGAAAGAAAGGAAUGUUGAGUUGUCUAGUUCUCCAACUGAAGGCAAAGGAGAAGAGAAUACAGUAGAGACAAUGGCCAGUGUUCUCUCCUCAGAAGCACAAGCAAUGGUAAAGGAUGAAAUUUUUCAGAAAAUCUUGUCUGAAAAAGAGAAUAUACCAACUGUUAGCAUGCUGGAUUUUGCUGGGCAGUUAGCAUAUUAUGCCUGUCACCAAAUUUACGUAACACCAAAGGCCUUCUUCAUCCUCGUGUUGGACAUGACUAAGAGGUUUGAAGAUGUUGUCAGUAAAGAGAAAGAUAAUCAAGAAGGAUCAAUUUUCUCUGUGUGGACUUACAAAGACUACCUGAAGUUUUGGAUUAUCUUGAUCAAGACAUUUGGAGGCACUAAGGCACCACUGUUUGUUGUUGUCACACACACAGAAAAAAAAUCUACAGAUGAAAUAAAGAAAUACUUCAAAGAGUUCUGGAAAGCUGUACCAGACGAGGACAGAGAUUGGUUAAGUGAGUCUCUGAAUGAUCGGGAAUAUGCUGUGGGUCUAGUUGAACUAAAUGACAAAUCAAAGGAAAUGUUGGAAUCAAUGAAAAAGUCCAUAGUCGAACUAUUUACAGACGAGAUCAAUACAAAAACUGAAAUGCCUUCUUCUUGGGCUUUAAUGGAACAGUUAUUAUACGAUGGAGCCUGGAAGGUUUUGUCCCUUGAUGAAAUUUGGAGACUCAACGUAUCCCUUCCUCGUGAAUACCAGAUUAAAAAUAAUGAGGAAAUGUCUACAUUUUUAAAGUGUUUCCAUGACAAUGGCCUUCUUUUGUACUAUGAAGAAGAGAAACUGAAGGAACAUGUAGUACUUGACAUUCAGUGGUUUGCUAAAGCAUUCAGCAAGAUUAUUGCUGAUGAAAACCAUAUCAACAAAGACUGCAUAACUAGAUUAAUAAAAGAAUGGAAAUCCUUCAACAAAACGGGGGAACUUAAAGAUAAAGUGAUAGAUGCACUAUGGAAAGAUGAACCUUCAUACUUGAAAAACAAAAGUGAAAUUAUGUCAUACAUGGAGAAGCUUCAAAUGCUGGUACCUUUGGAGUCUUUUGAGGCUGUAUCAGAAGGUGGCAUGUCAUGGUAUGUCCCAUGUAUGAACAAAAAACAGUUUAAAACUGACUUCUGCGAAGAUAAAUGGGAAUGUUCCUCCAUUUUGUGCUAUCGGUUCACCUCUUUUGCCAUGUUUGUGUUCUACAGACUGAUAGCAUACUGCAUGAGUUUUUUAAGAUGGAGUGUGUCAACAGAUGAAGAUAAUGAAGGGAGUCUAUGUCUUUAUCAAACAGCAGCAGUGUUUGAUCAUAAAGAACAUACUGUUGUUCUUGGCAUUUGUAAUGAUGAUAUUCAGUUGCAAGUGUUACGAAUCAGACCAUUGACUGUAGAUAAAGAGGUUUCAAUUGAAAUUGGAGACUCCAUUGAAAAUGCCAUAGAAAAAAUGACCAAAACAUUUCUUAACAAAAGCAUCAAAAAGUCAUUUGAAAGAGGAUACAAAUGUCAGAACAUUAUUUGUUAUAAUAACGAUAUAUCUUUUAACCUUGCAAGUGAACUCUCCGAAAUCAACACUGAAAAAACUCAGUGCAAGUGUCAACUUCAGGAGAAACAUGUGAUAAAAGUACAGAACACUCUAGGGUUCUGGGAAAAGAAAAAGGUGGAUACUUCCAGCACUCUAGUGGCCUCUGGACAAGACCUUGAGGGUCGAACUAGAUUUGCAAAACUUGGAAUGGCAAUGAACGACGUGUUAAAUCAGGCAUACAGAGAUAUUCUAGAAUCAGAAGUACCCCCUUGUUAUAUUGAGAACAAGGUGAAUUCCUUAACAAACAAAAAGAGAAUGAAUCUGAAGUUGAAUCCAGAUCAAGAAAACAUUUUGAAAACAGCAAAAAAUUCUGGAUAUAAGGAAUUUGAUAUUUCAUUAUCAUACAAGAUGAUAAGAAACAUUUGUUCAACGAUCCCUAAACCAACAAAAGGAAAAUGGGGAGAAGAGCCAGCAGCAGGAGAGGUGACAGUGGGUGAUGAUAUCGAGAGAAUUAGGUUAAUCCGAAACAGUUUGACUGCACAUGUGAGUUCAGCCUCUACCUCUCAGACAGAAUUUGAUGAUACCUGGUUGACGAUGUCGGAUAUCUGCCAAAGAUUGGAAAUCUUCACCGGAAAGAAGUACUUUGAUAACCUUAUUGAUAUUAAAAUAUUGACCCUGAGAAAGGAAGAUGAGGAUGAUAUUAUAAAAAAUGUCAAAAUUCAAGGAAUUUUGGAGACAAUCAAAUCAAGUUUCCAAGAAUUAGAAACAAUAAUCAAGCCUAAUGAAGGUGCUACAAAUUAG